UCCGCACGCAGCAGAUAGAUUUUGAGAAACGGAAAGAGAAGGUAGGAACAGGGGUGUUUACGGGACAGUCAGUCCCUCCUUAAAAUCAAAACAUGGGCUUUCAGGCCCACGUAACCAAGAGCAAAGACACAUUUCUCGAAAGCAGAACUCGUUAGCUACCCGCUGGACUUGGCCUGGCCCCGCUGAGUGUUUUUAUACGUGAGUUUUUUUGAAGUUGGAAAUUAGGGAGGUGGUGGUUUUGUCGACAGAGGUUUCUCGUGUUGGACAGGACAAGAUGGCAGCAGCAUAAGCAAGUUGGGCAUGGUGUGGGCACAUUAUAACUCCGUAACAUGUUCAGAAAAGCUGUGGAUUCUGUCAAUUGUUACUAUCUGUGAAGGUAUGGCCUCACAAGUCUUGGUCUACCCACCACAUGUUUAUCAAACCCAGACAAGUGCCUUCUGUAGUGUGAAGAAACUCAAAGUAGAGCCUAGCAGUUGCGUGUAUCAUGAGAGAGCCAACCCACGGACCUAUUUGAACAGUAGAACCCUUGACAUUGCUCGCCCUACAAACGUCGCUCACUCUUCUUUCCACAUAAAAGACUCUGUGUACAGCAAGCCCCGUGGGCAGAACUUUGCAUUGCAAGCAGUUGCCUUAAGAGGUGUGAAGGAGGACCCAGGAACAGCAGAGGUAAAGCAGCACCCGUCAGACCGGGCACCCCUGCAGGACGCUGGUGGUAGUGGUGGAGCAGGAGGAGGAGAUUUGAACUUGGUGGACAGCGUGCAGCAAUGCGGGCUGAAACGUAAGAGUGAGGAGUUAGAGAACAGAGGAAGUGCCAUGCAGAUUGUGGAGGAACUGUCCAUGUUGCCUGCAAUGUUGCAAACGAACGCUGGCAACUCGGCCGCAGUAGUGGGCGCCUCAAAGCAGAGUGUCGCUGGUGGGGAUGGGGAUUACCACCUGGUGCAGCACGAGGUGCUGUGCUCCAUGAAGAAUACUUACGAGGUCCUGGACUUCCUGGGUCGAGGGACCUUCGGUCAGGUGGUGAAGUGCUGGAAGAGGGGCACGAACGACAUUGUGGCCAUCAAAAUCCUCAAGAAUCACCCCUCAUAUGCACGACAAGGGCAAAUCGAAGUGAGUAUCCUGGCCCGUCUGAGCAGCGAGAAUGCAGACGAAAAUAACCUCGUGAGGGCCUUUGAGUGCUUCCAGCACCGUAAUCACACCUGCCUGGUGUUUGAGAUGCUGGAGCAAAACCUGUAUGACUUCUUAAAGCAGAACAAGUUCAGCCCUCUGCCGCUGAAGGUAAUCAGGCCUAUCCUGCAACAGGUGGCCACCGCACUGAAAAAACUGAAAAGCCUUGGACUCAUCCACGCGGACCUUAAACCGGAAAAUAUCAUGCUAGUGGACCCUGUCCGGCAGCCUUACAGGGUGAAAGUAAUAGACUUUGGAUCUGCCAGCCACGUUUCCAAAGUAGUCUGCUCCACAUAUUUGCAGUCGCGGUACUACAGAGCGCCAGAGAUUAUUUUGGGGUUGACAUUUUGUGAAGCCAUAGACAUGUGGUCGCUGGGGUGUGUCAUUGCAGAGCUGUUUCUUGGAUGGCCGCUAUAUCCUGGAGCACUGGAAUAUGAUCAGAUUCGAUAUAUUUCGCAGACCCAAGGCUUACCUGGGGACCAGGUUUUGAAUGUGGGGACAAAGACAGCAAGGUUUUUUUGUAGAGAGUCAGAUUCACCAUAUUCAAAAUGGAGGCUUUAGUCCACAGAGGAACACGAAACAGAGACAGGGAUGAAGUCAAAGGAAGCCAGGAAGUAUAUCUUCAGCUGUUUGGAUGAUGUUGCGCAUGUGAACAUGGUGAUGGAUUUAGAAGGAAGUGACUUGCUAGCAGAGAAAGCGGACCGCAGAGAGUUUGUCAGUUUGUUGAAGAUGAUGUUGUUGAUUGAUGCAGAUAAAAGAAUGACUCCGGCAGACAGCAUGAACCACCCUUUUGUCACCAUGCAUCACCUUUUAGACUUUCCUCAUAGCAACCAUGUGAAUUCAUGUUUUCAUAUAAUGGAUGUUUGCAGAACACGGUCUAACACAUAUGAUCUAAGCAAUCGCAAUAAGAUACCAUUCAUGAGACCAGUCACAUCAGGCAAUGCAGCAAACCUGACUCUGGCUUUUAAUAAGAUGGGAACUGUCCACACUCAAGCUUUAGCACCACCUGUGAUGCACUGUGGGAUGUCGCUGCAGACAGGAAUGGCUCCGUUUGGGUGCAAUGAUUCUUUUCAGCAAACAUUGAUCCUCUGUCCCCAGGGCAUCCAAGCGGGAAUUCCCACUAACCCAAACAAGCCUGCUGUAUAUGCUGUCAGAAUGGACAAUACUGUUCCGCUGGUGACACAAGCCCCAGCAAUACAACCUUUACAGAUUCGCCCAGGAGUUAUCACUCAGACAUGGUCCAAUCAAACUGGGCAGAUACUAGUACCAGCCUGGCAGCAAGUAACCCCUGUGGCUCCUUCUACAACAACACUGACAUCUGACACUGUGGCGGGUCCACAGAGACUUGGUGACUGGGGAAAAGUGCACCACCAUGGCAACCAUUAUAACUCCAUGAUGCCACAACCUCUUCUAACCAACCAAAUGGCUAUGUCCACCCACCAGCCAAUAAGUAUAGGCAUUGCCCAUGUCAUAUGGCCUCAACCUUCAGCUGCUAACAAAAGAAAUAAACCUUGUCAGAACAGGAGUAAUUUCUUCCACAACAGCAAUACCCAGAACUUGGUACGCCUGUCUCCAAAGAUUUCAGGCAAUGUAAAGAAUGAUGAAGCAGAACGUUGUACAGGAGAAAGUCAGGGCAAUCGCAGCCCACAGAGAGAGGAGAGGAGCUGCUGUAAGCCGUCUGUCAUGCAGGACGCUGACUUGGCCAUCUGUAACAAGCAACGUCAGACUAUCGUCAUCGCUGACUCUCCAAGUUCUGUGGUCAGCGUCAUUUCCAUUAGCAGCGAUACAGAUGAGGAGGAGGUGGCACAGAGACACUCUCUGGGAGAAUGUAAAGGCAGCCCGGAUUGUGAAGCUUGUCAGAGCACACUGAACAUUGACAGAGUGUGUUCUUUAAGCAGUCCUGACAGCACCCUGAGUACCAGUUCAUCAAACUCUGCCCAGUCUAGUCCAUCCCCCUGUAAAAGGCCAAACAGCAUGUCCGAUGACGAGCAAGAAAGUGGUUGUGACACUGUGGAUGGCUCCCCUGCGUCUGACUCUUCAGGACAGAACGAUAGUCCGUUCAUGGAGCGCCGGUUUCUUGGGGAUGCCAACCAAAACACUGAAGCAAGAGCUCCGCUGGAGGCAGAGACCAUCCAGCCAGCUGUCCGCACCAUGGUGGUGCCGCCAAUGAGAGUACAAAACAAUAAUCCAGCUGCUGAGGAGCGGAUGGCAAAUACAGAUACCACGUGUCAGUCCUUAUUCAAGGGCCGGUCUGCUCCUGCAAGAUUAAACCGGUACUCUUCAGCAGUUAACCGCCAGCAAAAAAUGACAUCAGCAUUCCAGCAACAGCACAUGAACUUUGGACAAGUUCAGCACUAUGGUUCUUGCCAUCAGGAAUGGAAUGGAAAUUACGGCCACAGGAGACAGCAGGCGUAUAUCCCUCCCACAAUACAUGGGCACACCUUCACGCUGCCUCACGGGAGCCCCAAUCACAGUGCAGCUCACCCUCACCUGCCUGGAAGUACUCACCUUGGGGGCCAGCCCAUCUUGCCCUACCCUCCACCAGCUCCACUUUGCACUGCAGCUCCUGUUGCCCACAUCUUGGCUUCACCAUGUACUACAAGGCCUGUAAUGCAGCCGGCAACCUACAGUAUCUCUCAUCCUAACGGCAUUGUUCACCAAGUAACUGUGGGCAUCAACCAUCGCCUGCUGCCAUCCCCUACCAUUCACCAGAACCAGUUCAAACCAAUAUUCCCGGCUCAUUCGUACAUCACAGCCUCACCUGCUUACACAGGCUUCCCUUUAAGCCCAACAAAACUUAGCCAGUACCCUUACAUUUGAGUGUUCGUGGGGUUCAUUAGCAUAUAAACACUUGGUUUGGAAAGAUUAAAUGAAAAACCUGGUGUUCUAAUAAAUUCUAGCCAUGGCACAACAGAUAAUUAAAAAAAUAAAAUAUUUUUGUGAAUCAUGUAGACUUGGGUGCAAUUUAAACUUUGAGCUUUAAAAAGAAUUGAAAACUCACUUUUAAUAUGUUUGACAUUUGAUAUAUUUCUCAUCGGAACUUAUAUGGUUACUCUAACAGUUGAAUUAUGGGAGUGGAAGUCUAGUUUCUCUCCUACUAUUUUUAUAUAUUGCCUUCUAACUUGUGCAAGAGACAUCUUCAUUUGUGAAGCCAUUCAGUAUACAAGUGUAUAGGGAAACAGAACAGCCACAGCACAGCGUACUCAUGAUCUGUUUGUUUCUUCCUGUGUCUCCUUGGUGUUUUAAAUGUCGAGUCACUUAUCUGAAAGGCUGUUCUUCACACUGCAUGUGUUCUCCUUGCAUGAGCAAAAUUGAAAGUUUCCUAGACAUUGCUCUUAGUGUUGUCCUAGGAAUCUCAGCUGCAUUGUAAAUCUUUCCCACCCAUAGUGCCUUAAAUAUUUGAGGUUAUUAAUGUUACUACUUAUAUUAAUGUAAUGGACUGCAGCACUUGAAAUUCCAAUCUGCUGAUUUGGUGUUAUAUCUAUAUAGAUCUAGCGCUAUAUAGAGAGAUUGAGACUAAUGCUUAUUUUGGGUUUGGCGUGGUAAGUUUGAGGACUAGCAAGCUUUUCCUUUACUAAGAACAGCAUGCUUUGCUGUAGUGGGUCUGCUGUUCAACUUUUCUGAAUGUCUAGUGUAAAGAACAAGUGUUGAGUAUUGCUUACAGUUUGAUAAUCAACUUCUAUUUGGUAUACACUUAACUAACAGUAUUUGUACUGUUUUAAUGAAACUGCAAUACAAUCAAAGUCGUUGUUGAUUUUGUUUUCAUGUCUGCCGAUUUUUUUUUUUUUUUUAAAUGUUUUUUAUGAAAUAUUUAGAAAUGUGGUGGGCAUGGCUUUGACUAGAUAAAGAGAAAAUGCAAAUAUAGUUCAUUUGAUUGUUAUGAUAGGGCUUCAUCUUCGCUUGAGCGAACCAUUCAGUAUUUGAUAUGUAUUUAUAGUAAUAGACUAUUUAGUACUGAAGCUUGGCAAGGUGCGAGUUCUUUGUGCAUAAUUCUCAUUUAUGCAUGUGAUUUUAAGUUUUACCCGUUUUUACUUUAUUAUACCAUUUGUUUAAACUUGUGUGUCGAUUUGCAUAUUUUAUACAUUCCGUCAGGGAGAAAAGUAUAUGCUGUGUUUUUUGUGUUUUUGUGUUUUUUUUUUUUUAUUAUUAUUUUGAUAGUAUGUGCGUCAGGUUGCUUUUGCAGCACCAAAGACUUUGUCAUCCAUUUCCUGAGCAAGGUAGCAAUUUUUUUGCAUAGACAUCAAGUAUACUAUAAUUAUUGUGAUGGGGUAAAAAAAAAUAAAAAUAAAACAAAUUAAAAAAAAGUAUUAAAGUGGUUGAGGCUAUGUUAAGCUCUUGGGGCGAAUACUUUGUAUCAUUUAUAUUGAAUGUAUCAUAGAUAAGCUGCUAUAUAAUGGUUGCCACUUCAAAUAGCUGUGAAAUUAGGUGAUUUACUUAGUACUCUCUUAGCAUUCUUCUUUCUGUAUAAGUCUAAUUACCUGAAAUAGAAGUGGGUUUUUUAAUUGAAUUUUUGCUUUAAUGUUUGGAGUGUCAUUGUGACUACUGUAUUGCAAAUAAUGGAAGUUAGUUGCGUUUGUUUUUGGGGUGUGUGCGUGUUUUUUUGUUGUUUUUUGCAUCAGUAUUUAUCUUCAUUAACUUUGAGCUCAUCACUGCAUAUAAAUGGAUGUCUUGAUGUAACUUACUUUUUUUUAAUGUUUUCAUAUUAGCAUUUUGUAGCCAUGUUGAGCUGUAGCUUGCAAAUUUUACUUCACUUUUUUUCAAUAAAGCAAUUGGGAAUGGUGUACUAACAUGCAAUUUUGCAACUGAGUACUGUAAUUAAUGUAUAGUACAAAGUUGUGUAAAAAAAAAAAAAAAGUCAAGGCAUUAUCACGUUUAAUACGCCACUAAACAGCACUUGUAUAACUCUCAAUAAGCUAUCUGUGGAAAGGGCUGGUGGAUGUUUGUUAAAUAGCCUUUCUUUCUACUUGGAACUGAAAUUGCAGUGUUCUGUUCAAACCAUUGUCAAGAACGUGACUUUUGUGCUUGCAAUUUGUUUCUACCCCUAAACUAGUUUAACUAUUUUUCUGUAAAAACUACAAAUUUUAAUGUUAAACGCUUUUACAUGUUUUCACACAGAAAUGAAUCCAAAAAGUGUCGGAAGACAUUAAACAUUGCUAUCUGUCCUUUGGAACAGUUCAAUGAUAAUUUCUUGCUUCGUCUGGAGAGUCGUUUUCAGUGAUAGCUAAGAAUAGAAUUUUGAGAGUCCUAAUGUUGCUUUUAUGUACCCAACUUUUGAAAAGCCCUCUUGACUAUUGCAGUUCCUUAUUAGUGAGGACAGUGCGAUUUCACACUGGGUUAGUGCCUUGAGGAGCUGUGCUGACAUCAGGGCUUCAAAAGACUGAAGCUUUGCUUGCCUGUUCUCCCGGAUGACAGCGGGGUGUUGUGGAGCUCAGUGUAGGGUUAUAAGAGUAUCAGAUAAAAUGAAUGGUAAUGUAUAAAGCGACUUGAUGUGGUAGCUUGACCAAAAAUUGCUUUUUUGUGUUCCUUCAUAAUUGUACCAGGGAUCGACUUUUAUACUUACGUGCAACCAAUUCCCGGAUCAGGCCAUGCCACUUACCAUGCACAUAAUGCUGGCUGCUGCCACAUACUGUAGCACCUUCCUCUUGGGGUUGCAUCCAGAAAGGGUGUAAUAUUUCACCAUUAAAAAUAGCCAUGAACCUCUAGAAAAUAGAUUUUAUUUUUUAAGUGAAUGCGGUUUUUAAAUGUGAAUCCAAAGGUUGGUAGUUAAUAUUGAAUUCGCUACAGUUGAAAUACCUGUAGACUCUUCGUUUGCUGCCAAGUCUUAAUCUUAAGCACCACUGAUCUUAUGGGUUGAUCGGAGCAAACCGCCUUCAACCUGACAGUCGCAUGGAAUACUCUUGCAGAGCAAGAUUCCGCAGUGAUCCAGGUGAUUAGCACAUGGGAUGCUAGGAGUGUAGCAACAAUCAUGGAAUGCUGUGUGUUCUAUUUAUUAUUAUUAUUAUUAUUAUUACUAUUUUUUUUUAAAUGGGUCGUGUGUGACUCGAUUUUGUAGUGUUGUGCCCUACAACACACAAACAGCGCAUUGUUUUCCUACUGCUACAUGAAAGUCUUUUCGACAUGCCUUUUUCUGAAAGUUUUGUUUUAAAUAUUUACUGUACUUCAAACUGCAAAGGGGCCACAGUGGUAGUUGGCAUCAUGGAAACAUUAAUGGCGCUAGUUACUAAAGCUUUUUCAUUUGACAGCGCAAAGAGGUCUUAUGGUAGUGGAUUUACAUAUAAAAAUGCAUGGAGUCAUGCAGUUGUGCAUGCAUUUUCUAUCAACCUUUUCCAAAGUGCAUGUACAGUUAACAGUAUUUCGAUCCCUAUGUGUUGUAACUUACCAGCAAAUAUGCCUGCACAAAAUGUUAGCUAAAUGCAUUUAUUUUGGUUAAGUUUUCAUGAAAUCAGUUUGCACAGACAACUCAUUUAAUCUACCAAUUUCAUCAUUUGAAAAUCGAUGUU